AUGGCAAGCAAGAUCUUUCUCCAUAUACUUGCGUCUUACCAAACUGCAGCUCCCCCCUUUGCGCGGUACUGGUCCUUGGCUGAAUGGAAUACCAGCCACCCGAAAGGAGCCUUCCCUUCGGGGGACACUCUCGAAGGAACCUGGGCGACAAGUACGGUCAGCACCGAGGGAGAAGUUGACGAAGAGUCGUCCAAGGAGAGCCUGGAUCUCUUCAAGCCGGUCACCAAGGACGUCGUCCGCCUUCUUCACACCUUCCAUGAGAAGCGUCCUGACGAGUUCGACAGUUUUUCCGCGUUGAUGGCCGUAGUGGAGCAGCAGGCCGUGGAGGGCCUCUCGAGUGAGGAUCUAGAGUCAUAUACCAGACCGCUCCUCCGCAUCCAGCAGAUCAUUUCAGCACUCUCGAUACUAAACAGGGACGACGUCACCGAACUGAAGCAGAGAUUCCGGGAGGAAUAUGCUGCCCUUCAGGAGGUGGCUGAAAAGACUGGGCUAAGAUGGCGGGCGUUCGCGAAAGAAGACGAGGAUGGCACCGCGGCCAAGGUACAACAAGUACACGCAGAUUGCCCACAAGAACCGGACAUAGAAGCAACGCCAGCAGUCACGCAGCCCAAACGCCCCUCGUUGUGGGAGGUCUGCGACCUUCAAUCUGCUGUUCCAGCCUACGCCCACUACUUCGAUGACUGCAAGGAGGCAAUCAAGAAGUUGAUUAAGACUCAACAAGAGUUCAUCCAGUCUAAAAAGGCUCGAAAUGAGGUAACGAUAGACGUGAACCCGGAGACGGAAACUAACCCUCAGGACGUGGAAGAAGCGGCUGCCAUGCUAUCCGACACGUUCCGGGGCUUUGCCAGGCAGGCGGGCGAUAUCCACUCGUUUCUCAGUCUCCUUCCUGACCGGGCUCUUGUUUCGGCGAUAGUCUCUCGAGUGUGCAGAGACAUCUUGAAUCUCCUAGCCGCUCUUACUGAGUGGUACGGGCUUCGGACGUCCUAUUUGGCAAGGACGUGGCACGAGGCCGUCAAGUCGUCGUCUCUCAAACUCAAGGAGCUUCGAGCAGAGAUGCAACGGGACUACGAGGAGCUUCGACGGAGCACUCAGCUGGUCACGGUAAACACUGACAUCAAGACUGUGCAAGAUGAUAUUGCGAGCUUGAGUGCUACAGAUAGAUUUGGGGCGUUUCGGCCAUCUGUAGUAGGACAUCAUGAGGGGGGCCACGCUAAGCGCGUCGCUUAUCUCGGAGAAUUCCGAGGUACCUACAUACCUAUUACCCAACCGGCCCGGGCCAGCGACCUCGUCUACACAUGUCUCCGUAAACGCAAGAUAGGAGACGUCGUGGUGAGCACUCUCAUCCGGCAGGGUGCAGCUGAGAGCCUGAAGCCCAAUCUUCCCCGCAGCGAAAGUGCCUACGCCAAGCUCAAAACAGCAUACCUUAGCGAUCAAUAG